AUUUCGCCCCUUAAAGCUUAAUUCUUUGCACUUUACCGCUUCCUUCAUAUUAUUCAUUUUGUUGUCGCUCACUGACGGUCUUACGGAUAUCGAUCAUGCAUCAAUUGCUCCGUGCCACCUGACCAUAUUACUAUGGUGGUGCUUCUCCCGCUUUCUGGCGUCCGCUGCGCUUGUUAUAGUGGACCAAAGAAUACUUGGACGCGCCGCUCCUAUUUUCCAGAGCCCCAAGCAGCCGAACAGUUCCCUGAAGACGACGGUGAUCCGGCUUAAAUUUGGUAAAAGGUCGUACAAUUACUUUUCCGAGUUUAACAAAGCGGAUUACUGACGCCAAUCAGCGGCACGGCACAUGCGGCCAUGUUCUCACACGUCCCUGACAUUCCAUUCUCUUGGUCCGACAUUCCACGGCUUACUUGGGACGCCUAUAUCGAGUGCCUAUGGAAUUAUCAGCCUGAAUCGUGGGUCGGAAGAAUUGCCUCAACAUUCCGAGUCCUUGCGGUUGUCGUUAUUCUUCCGGUUGUCAUAUUAACCCUAUUGGAUGUUACAUCCUACAUAGUCGCACGUACACUUGGCAUUCUUGACGAUGUGAAAGCGUCCACAAGCGAUGCUGCUGAGGAUGCCACGAUGUCUCCAUCUGCCCCCAAUAUCCUCGUGCAGAACUCGCCUGUUCCUGAUGAAGCCGGAGAGUAUCAUCCACGUGGUGCGAGUGAUUCCGAGGGGCAGCGACACUCAGAAGCAAGUCGCGGCUGUGUUCGUAAUGUCGGUGAUGUGGACCGACUGGACGAGCAUGGUGACCACGAGGUGCACGAUCGGUCUAACCGCCCCGAGGGAGAAUUAAGAUCCCAAGCUUUCUUUGUCGGGGAAGAAGAUUUGCAAUUAGCGGGUGUGGGCGUGUUCUCCCCCGCGGCAUCCCAGCCAUCUUCCCCUGAACUUCCGCGAAUGAAACUGAAUACGUCGGAAGGUGGUAUUGUCAAAGUGACAGAGGGACAGCCGGGUUCCUCCAUUAGGAGGAGGCCUCGAGAACAGGAGGGUGGCGGAGGGAAUUGAACGCAAUGACUAAUCACCGUAAGAGACAGCUGCAAAACGAACCUCGUCGGGGAGUAUGCA